AUGUUGAGACAAGUGUUAGUUUUGAUAUUAUUUAAUAUUUGUACUAUACUAGGAGAAGAAAUUACCCAAAAGUCAUGUAGUAAUCAUUGCUCUUACUCUUUACUUGAAGAACUAUUAGAUAGAAGAAAGGAUGCAGAUACAAAAAGUAUAGUAUACGGCUCAGAAGGUGCCAUAAUAUGCCCUAUUCGAUCUGAAUCAAAUUCCAUUAUUCAUUGGCAUCACAUUGAUACUACAGGACAGAUAAAAGAAAUAAAGCCGUCAGACGAUUAUGCUAUUUCUAAAAACGGUAGAGAACUGAAGAUUAGGCAUAUGCAUUACAAUAUGGUGGGAAAAUAUGCCUGUUCCGUUGUCUAUACUCAAAAAAUUGGGAUUAUAUUGGUGGCACCUAAUAUAACAGGAGGAAAAGAGAAAAAGGCUGUAAUUGGUUCUAAUGUAACCAUAACUUGCAAAAUCAUUAAAGGGGUGCCUUUGCCUCACUUCACUUGGCAGUUUAAGGAUAUGACCAGUUCAGAGUUCAAAUCUAUAGAUGCAUCUGGCAAUACCCUGCGCCUAUCAAAUGUGUCUCAAGAAAAUGCAGGUUUCUACAAAUGUAUCGCACAGAAUGAAGCUGGUAUUGACAAUCAUGUUACUGAGUUUAUUGUUGAAUUUCCACCGAAGAUCGUUUUAAAAUCUUCUACAGAGUAUAUUGGGUUUAAAGGGGAUCUUGCAUUGAGGAUACCAUGCGAAGCUCUCGGUAAUCCAAAACCAGCCAACACUUGGAAAGUAGGAGGAAUUGAAAUACGACCGAAUGACAAAUAUUCUAUAGAAGAUGGAUCUCUCGUAAUAAAAAAUCUAACACAAAAUGAUUCUCUAUCGUAUACCUGUGAAGCUAAGAACCAGAUAGGAUCGGACAUUGCGACUUUUAAAUCAAGAGUAAAAGAAUUCAUCAGCGACAUCAGUAUUGAAAGUAAAUACAUUUACUUGUUAGUCGGGGAAACCAGAAAGUUAUAUUGCGAGGGCUACAAUUCUUCUGGAUUAGUCAGAUGGUUUAUUGAAGACGUAGAAGUAAGUGACAAAAAGAAACCAUAUUAUGAAGUAGUUAAUGCCAAUUUAGCUUCUGAUGGAAACUAUACAUGUAGGGUCAACGACAGACAUGGACGUACAUUUUCACAUAACUAUAUAGUGGAUGUCGGCUACCCUCCUACGUUGUACGAAGCAUCGACUUAUUUGACAAAUAAAUGGCGUGGUACGUUAAAGAGUAUCAUAUACAACUGUGACAGUUACGCAAAACCACGAGCCAAAGUUGUUUGGGAGUUCAACGGCAAAGUUACAACGGAGAAGGAUAUAUUACAAGGAGGUGCUACAAAUAAAUGGGGACAGUACAAGUGCACAGUGUCAAACGUACAUGGAUCAGUAGAGAGGAGCUUUCAUGUCAACUCGAAUAUAUUAUGCUUCAUAAGAAGAUCUUUGGAAGACGAAAACAUUCCGCUGAUGUUAACAACAAAUUUGACCUUGCCAGGGUCAUGGGGAGCGACACAUUAUGAUAUGCUUAUAGAAAAAAAUGAAGAAAUCUUAUUAUUUUGUCCCAGCGACAAUCACACUAGAAAUUAUUUUCAGAAGUUCCCUAACAAAAAUGAAUUGGUAUCGUUUUGUGAUCACCAAGACUUGUUCUUAGUAGGAAAUAAGACACAAAGGGUAGACGAUUUGCUAUGUAAAAAUAAAUUUAUGCCCACAAUCAAGAAAAUGAACAAAGAAUGCAUAACAAAAACUGCGGAACUUAUAAAAGUCGGUUAUGAUGUGGGUCGAUUUGUAGAAACAUAUUCAGUCUGUUUUGACCACCAUAAAAAUAUGCCACUACGUACAUUUCAAAAAGUAACUACAAUUGACGAUGAACCACGAUUUUUAGCGCCUUCCAAUGAUUGGUUCGUACAUCCAGGAAUUGGAAAUGUAAAUGUUAAUAGAGGGUUUACAUGUAAACAUGUUAAUGAAACAUGUUGUUAUGAAAAAACUUAUAUGGCGAAUCCACGGUACUUCAUACACGGGUUAGCGAAGAAAGCUACUUUUAUGGACUUUUUGAAUGUGGUCCCUUCUUGGCGACAUUGUGCGAAUAGCAGUCAGGAAGCCACUUGGGAAGACGUCGAUCGUAUAUUGGAAAAUGUUAUGUCCUACAACAGUAUUUACGUCUGGACUGGUGCGCAUACCUUCGAAGAUAUAAAUGGAGUAUCCAUACCACGAUAUUUAUAUAAGGUAGUGAAAUCCGAAGCAGAAGAAUUUGAUCCAAUGGCAAUAAUUCGUGUGAACAGUCCAACACCUACAGAAAAGGAUAUAUUAUGUCCCACCAUAGAUCUGGAGUCAUUAGUGAUGUUUGAUUCAAGUCCAGUACUAACCAAGUACACCUACGCUUGUGAUUUUCUAGACUUUCUUGUGGAAUUGGAUUUAGAGGCAGAGGAUUUCGAAAUUUAAUUCCCGAUACAAAUGCGAAACCAAAUCCUGCUAAUAUUGGAAUAUAAGGCGUUCAAUCAAGAUGCGAGUUCAAGAAUAACAUCUAUAAAAGAGGUUUCAUCGAUC